AUGUCUGUUACAAGGAGUUGUUAUGUAGACACUGCUUUACACAUAAUUAAGGGCGCUGCCUGCAUAGCCUUCUCAAUACCUACCGGUGGUAGUACUAAGAGCAUAGAAAACUUGCCUUUGCACAAGGGAUGUAUUUGUCUAAAGUGUAACAGUUUGAACGACAACGAGUGGGAGGUUUUCAAGUCCCUUGUGCAACAGAAGAUAUCUGAAAAUGCCAAAUUUAGGGUCCUAAAAUUGCCCCGAUCAUUGGCAGAAGCUGUUUACGGUCAUUCUAUUUAUGAUUCAUUUCCUGUUAAACAAAAUAUUAAAACUCUAAGACUUGUGAUUCUCGAUGAAUGGACUAUCAAUGCUAGCAUCAAUCCCAUCUUAAAAUCUACCGGCAUGGUUGGCAAAAUUGCCUUUGAUAUACCAUCAUUUAACAAAUCCGAGUCGUUGCUCAAAAUUAAAUUCGAAAUAUCCCCCAGUCAUGACCUACAAGUUGAGUUCCCAGUGGAGGAGGAGAUUCAUUCCAUUGACCAUUGCCCGCAUCUACGAUCGGUCCUUCCUCCAUCUGGAGCAGACGAUAUACCCGAUUGUUCUAUCACUCCAUGGACUACAGAUAAUAAUAUAGACUAUGACAAGAUUAUUCGCGAAUUUGGAUGCAAGAAGAUCACCAAGCAACUAUUAGACAGAAUACAAUCUUUAAUUGGAAAGAAUAAAAUACAUCCAUUGUUGAGUCGUGGCAUUUUUUUCUCCCAUAAGGAUUUGGACGUGUUACUGGAUAAGUAUGAGAAAGGCGAAAAAUUUUAUAUUUACACUGGAAGGGGCCCAUCAUCAGAAUCCCUCCACUUAGGUCAUCUCAUACCUUUUAUCUUCACAAAGUGGCUCCAGGAUGCUUUUGGAGUUUGUGUCGUGAUUAUGUUAUCUGACGAUGAGAAGUUUCUGUUUAAAGAUGAAUUGCAGUUAGAUAAAGUAAGAGAGAUGGGAAGAGAGAAUGCUAAAGACAUUAUUGCCUGUGGUUUUGACAUUAAUUCUACUUUUAUAUUCUCAAAUGUUGAAUACAUCAACUACCUAUAUCCCACGGUUCUACAAAUGCAGAAAAAAUUACCAUUUAAUCAAGUAAAAGGGUUAUUUGGAUUUAAUAACAGCGACAACGUAGGGAAGAUAGCGUAUCCUGCUACGCAAGGUUCCUCUGCCUUUAGUGACUCAUUUCCUACCUUGUUUAAAUCAAAAACGCCUUGUUUAAUUCCCCAAGGGAUAGACCAGGAUCCAUUCUUUCGUAUGACAAGGGAUAUUGCACCCAGAUUGGGGUUUAUUAAGCCUGCUGUUAUACACUCAAAAUUUAUCCCCUCCCUCCAGGGCUCUUAUGGCAAGAUGAGUUCCUCAGAACCACAACAUACGAUUUUUAUAACUGAUCCACCAGAGGCUGUUAGGCACAAGAUCAAUAAGUAUGCUUUUUCGGGCGGUGGGGAUACUGCGGAAUUACAGCGCCUUUAUGGGGCAAACCUAGAAGUUGAUGUUCCCUAUCAGUACCUACGCAUUCUGAUGGAAGAUGACCAGGAGCUGGAACGUAUAGGCAAUGAUUAUAAAAGCGGCAAAAUGCAAACGUCUGAAGUUAAGAAAAUACUCUCAGAUUUGAUAUCAAAAAUCUUUGCAGAACAUAAAGCUAGGAGAAAUGCUAUUACUGAGGACGUUGUUGAUAAGUUCAUGGACCCUCACUAUCCCAGACGAAUAUAA